GGAUCUCUAACUCUCUAACUGGGUCAAAGGUGCCACUGUCAAUUUUGCAAUCCUUCUCCCCCCUCUCUUUCUUCUUUGCCUUUAUAAAUCCUUAUUCUCUUUGGCCUUGGAUCCUAAUUGAACAGUGUAGGGUACUGGCCGAAACUAUACCUUCUCCUUUUCUUUUUCCCUUCUUUUUCUUAUUUUCUUCAGAAAGAAAAAUCCAUAUAGAAUGUUGAAUGUCAACCGACUGGCUAUUGCCAGCGCAAAACACAGCGCCAGGGCAGCUUUCCCCAUGUGCCCUACUCAUUACCGCGCUUUGGCUCAGCGCUUCAACUCCACUGAUGCCAAAUUGACCAUGCCUGAGGCUGCUGCUGCUGCUACUGUUUCAACUGCCAAAAAAGGUCUUCGCUUCCGCACUAAGGCUUUAAUCACACUCACCUUGGUGGGCGGUGGUGUCGCAGGGGUUGUCAAGCACUCGUUUGAUGACCCGGGGUUCCGCUCACUUUUGGAGGAUAAUGUGCCAUAUUUCGCUCACUCGAUGGAUCAAUUGGAGGCGAUCAAGGAUAACAAGGAUUUCGAAAAGUACAUUGAGGGUGCUUCUCAUGUAGCUGAGAAGGCCGUUGACCUUGGUAAGACAGCUUAUCGUAAAACCUCAGAUCUGAUUAAUGGAACCACCACUCCAGCACCAGAGAAGGUUGAUAAAACUGCCAGUACCUUGGCAAAGAAGGUCAAAGAGCUUGAGCAACCCAGGCCCGCCGUUCCUGCUGUUCGUUCCGAAUAUGUCCCUUCCGAAGUCCCUCCACCUACCUUUCUGCCUGGCGCUGCUCCUGGUAAGGCUGCACAACCGCUCAACUCCCUUAAGGCUGCUGAGGCUAAGGUUGUAGAAAAAGUUGAGGAAGUCAAAGAUAAGAUUGUGGAGGUUAAGGACAAGAUUGUAGAGAAGGUGACUGAGAAGAAGGAGGAUGUUGUUGCUUCCCCAGAACCUCCUAAGAAGCUAAUCAAGGUUGCAACAAUUGAAUCAGAGGAGCCUAUCAUGACAAACCUUAACACUACCUUGCAUCAAUUGGUCGCCAUCUUGAACGAGACUGGGAUCCCUGAGCAGGGUCACCAGGUUUUCGAGAAGGCUAACGCGGAGUUGAAGCACUUGAGUGAACGCGUUGAGGCAUUAAAGGUUGAGGGUGAAGCCCAGGCUGCAACUGUUUUGGCUGAGGUCACCGAGAAGUACAACAAAUUGAUGACGGAAAAAGAAUCGGAGCAUGAGGGUGAGCUUUCGCAAUUGAAGAAGGAGCUGGCUGCGGCUUUUGAGGAGGAAAAACAGAAAGCAAUUGAGCAUGAGCUCAAGGUCCAGCAGGAUAUUCUCAAGGAGGAACAAAAACAGGAGCUUCUAAAGUAUGCGACAGAAAUGCAGCGCCGCUGGGUUCGCGAGGUCAAAGUCAGAGUCGAGAAUGAGCGAGGUGGUCGCUUGGCUCGUUUGGACCAGAUCAACUUGCGCCUUAGAACUCUGGAGCGCCAGGGAAUUGACAAUGCCCAGUUUUUGCAACAGUCUGCACGCACACAUCAACUUUGGUGCGGUAUUAAAGCAUUGGAAAAGGCGUAUGAAGCUGGUGAACGCCGUCCCUUUGAUCGCGAAUUGGCACGUUUGAAAAGAUUGGCAGAGGAAGAAAAAGAUGCUGAAGUUUUGAAAGCUGUGUUGGCUGCUAUUCCAGAUUCAGUUGCUGCGCAUGGAGUGGACUCUGUCCCAGAAUUAGUAGACCGAUUCGAGUAUGUUGCAAACAAGGUUCGCCAGGCUAGCUUGGUCCCUGAUGAUGGGGGAGUUCUUGCUCAUGGAAUGAGUGUUGUUUUGUCCAAGCUCAUGUUUAAGAAGCACGGACUGGUCCCAGGAAAUGAUGUUGAAGCAGUUCUUGCUCGCACAGAGUACUACCUUCAAGAGAACGAUUUGGAGCAGGCAGUGCGUGAAUUAAAUCAACUCAAAGGUUGGGGCAAGCGUUUGGCCAAAGAUUGGAUCAUUGCAGCCCGCAGGAGAGUCGAGGUUGGACAGGCCAUUGAUGUCAUCAACACCCAUGCCAACCUUGUUAGCUUGACACUUGCAUAAAUAUAUAAUGCCUUUUUCUUGUCAUUUUAAUUGUUUUGCUAGCAUUCGUUUUCCAUUUGGUCUUUCACUUUACCUGACUUUGUCCUGUCUCAUUUCAUCUCAUCUCUCAUCUCUCAUCUCUCAUCUCACUCCUCCGUUACCUUCACAUUGUCUACCUAG